AUGGUCACCGCCGGAAAGCCAGACGCGUCUUAUUUGUCCGUACCACGGCGAGCCCAGAUUGAGCUGGCGAGGGAAACCUGUAGCAAAGUUAUCUUCGAGCACCUGAAGGACACGCGGUCAGAAUUAUGCAAGGAUGAAAUCGAAUCCGAUCUUCUCCGAGUAGUUCCGAUCCUACUCGAGUGUCCAGCCUUCGACAGACCGGAUAAAGAGUGGGGUGAUCGAAUCAUCAGAGAAAUGGCAGAAACAUUGAUCUUGAUGCAUGAAGCAGCAAAGAGGAACUACGAAGUGCUUGUUCGUUGGUGUGAUAAGGACUCGGACCUUUUAACCAGAGUGAUUAAAGUCUACCUACAGGCAUUCAGGAAUCUGCUGAAGUGUUGUUGGGACAAUACUGUGCCGAUACCACGUGAUAACCUUUACUUAGCGAUGCUGGAAAUCUUGAGACAGAUCAAUGAAUCGCUUGGGUACAAGGUUCCAGUGAAUCAGUUUUACAUCCUUCAACCAGGAGAUGAAGAAACAAACAGGAAGAUCGAGAAUCAUGUUCUCCAGCUUCAUCAUCAGCAUUUGCAACUCUCUCUCCUGGUAUUUAUUCAUUUAUUCAAGGUCGCCGUUCAUUAG